AUGUCGGAGACCUAUCAUUCAACAUUUGGACAGCAGAUCUUCACCGACGUAUCUGCGAGUGGGAGUUUGUCUGGACGUAAUCGAUUCGAGAUGCUCGACGCAACUCAAUUCUACCAUAGCGACCGCGAAUAUCAAGCUCCAGGAACACUCCGUCUAUCAGGGCAAGACAAUAACUAUGUUAACGGUCAUCCAUUCGCAUAUGCGUCACACAGCGGCCCGCCGUCGCUCCCAAGUUUGCACACGGUGCCCCCUAUGUCGACACACCUCCAGUCACAGUACGACCCCGAUGUGAACAUCCUCGACGAACUCCAGGGCUUCUCUCCAGUCUCGGCUGCCUACAAUAUAAACGCAUAUCGGACCCCUUAUCCCGACAGCAAUGCGACCUCGACCUCAUCAGCUACCAGCCCUGAUCGCCAAGGCAUGAUGGCGGAUCCCAUUAUUGUCGAAGCGGACGAGGACAAGAGAAAACGUAAUCAAGCCGCUUCCGCGCGCUUCCGGCAGAAGAAGAAGCAGCGAGAGCAGCAAUUAAUGGAGACCAGUAGGGAAAUGCAAGACAAGACAAGGAAGCUGGAGUCAGAGAAUGAGGGAUUACGGAAGGAGAACCUCUUUCUCAAGAAGCUUCUCGUCGAGAAGGUCGAUCAUAUGAGUGAGGAGGAUCGAGAGGUCCUAUUGAAAGUGACAGGAGAGGCACUGAAGAAGGCGUCUUGA